ACAGCUCGGCUCCAGAUGCAGAUGGGGUUCCUGGCAAGCCCAUGGAGCCUCGUCAGUCAUUUCCUGACACUCCACCUCCUCCAGCUGGGAUCAGCGGACUUCAGAGUGGUGGGGCCAAGCCGACCUCUCCUUGCCACCGUGGGGCAGGAUGUCGUGCUGCCGUGUCACUUGUCUCCACGCAUGGACGCUCGGAGCUUGGAGAUCAGGUGGAUUCGGCACCAGCUUUCUGAAACGGUGCACCUCUACCGAAAUGGAGAGGACCUGCACAAAGCACAGAUGGAGGAAUACAUUGGAAGGACAGAGUUGGCCAGAGAUGGCCUCUCCGGUGGGAGCCUGGACUUGCAAAUCUCUGAGUUGAGACCAUCUGAUGAUGGCCAGUAUGUCUGCACUGUGCAAGAUGCUGGCACCUAUGCAGAAGCUAUGGUGGAGUUGGAGGUGGCAGCCUUGGGCUCUGUCCCUCUCCUCUCUCUGGAGGCGUACGAGGAUGGAGGCAUCCGGGUGGUGUGUCGAUCGGCCGGCUGGUACCCGUCACCGCACGUGCUGUGGAAGGAUGACAAUGGGCAGCAUCUCCCCUCGGUCUCCCAGAGACAUUCCCCUGAUGAGAGGGGCCUCUUUGAGAUCCAAGAUGUCGUCAUUGUGAGAGGGAAGGAAAAUGGAAACGUGUCAUGCGUGGUGAGGAACAACCGCCUGGAGCAGGAGCAGGUGUCGAUCCUGCACAUCUCAGCUCCCUUUUUCCACAAUGCCCGUCCCUGGAUGGCAGCUCUGGGUGUGUUCCUCUUGCUUUCAGUGAUCUGUUUUGGUGUCAUUGCUUAUCUCUUCCGAAGGAAAGAGCAACAAAAAGCAGCACUGGAUAUGGUGACCUUGGAUCCAAACACGGCUCAUCCAGAGCUUGUCCUGUCAGAGGAUUUGAGAAGUGUGAAGCGUGGACCUGCAUGCCAGAACCUGACUGACCACCCCAAGAGAUUUAGUUAUUGGCGCUGUGUGCUGGGCCAGGAGAGGUUCUGGGAGGGGAGGUACUGCUGGGAGGUGGAGGUGAAGGAGGAAGUGGGAGGUGAUUCAUGGUGGGGUGUUGGAGUGGCCAAUGAAUCCGUGGAGAGGAAGAGGGUUUUUAAUCUGAGCCCUGAAGAAGGGAUCUGGGCAGUUGAUGGGUAUGAAGGGCAGUUCAGGGCUCUCACCUCUCCUCGCACCGUCCUGUCCCUGUCCCCAGUGCCCAGGAGGAUCUGUGUCUGUCUGGACUGCACACAGGGGCUGGUGAUGUUUCUCAACGCUGACACUGGGGGUGAGAUCUUCAGUUUCCCACCAGCCUCAUUCCAUGGGGAGACCCUGCGGCCCUGGUUUUGGGUGGAAACAUGGAAAACCCAGCUGUGCCUCAGGGGCAGCACCCGUGAGACCCUCAGCCCCACUUCCAUCCCCACCACAGCCUCCAGCAGACCCUGUCCUUCUCCAGAGACUCCCCACUCUCCUCUCCUCGACCCUGCAGGAGAUGUCCCUCUCUGUCCUGUCCCCGCCCAGGGACCAGAGGGGGACUGA